AUGCUUCCCAAAAGCUUUCACGCAAUCGUGGCAGCAGCCCUCGCAGUGCAAGCCACCCCACUGGAAAAGCGCAAGGUCGUGAACCACGACUCCAUCACCCCCUUCCCAGAGACUGUUCCCGCCGGCGCCAUCGGAACCACCUUCAAGCGGUUUGAGCCAUACCUACACAUCGCACAUGGCUGCCAGUCCUACCCUGCCGUUGCCGCCAACGGCGACGUCAGGUACGUAUCCCCUCCACAGGCCCCAAAUCCAGCGAACCAUCUCACCACUCACACCCCACCCCUUAGCGGCGGCCUCCAAGACACCGGCAGCUCCACCGGCGGCUGCCGCGACACAGGCAAAGGACAGACCUACGUCCGCGGAGGCUGGCACAACGGGCGCUUUGGCAUCAUGUACGCCUGGUACAUGCCCAAGGACAUGCCGAACAGCGGCGUGUCCGCCGGCGCGCACCGGCACGACUGGGAGAACGUCGUGAUCUGGGUGAACAACCCGGCCGUGGCCAACCCGGCGCUGCUUGGCGGCGCGGCGUCCGGCCACGGCAGCUACAAGAAGACCGCGAGCCCGCAGCGUCAGGGCGACAGGCCCAAGGUGGAGUACUUCACCAACUUCCCUACCAACCAUGAACUGCAGUUUACGGAUACCCUUGGGCGGGAUCUGGCGCUGAUCGCUUGGGACUCGCUUCCGGGGGCUGCGAGGGAGGGUCUGGAGUCUGCGGAUUUUGGGAAGGCGACGGUGCCGUUUAAGGAUUCGACGUUCCUGGGUAAUCUGGCCAAGGCUGCGCUAUAG